AUGGCAGUCCACUCCGUCAAAUACUCACUGAAUCGCUACUUUCCUGAUCUGAACAUCCCACGUCUCGCUCUCGACAACAACGCCGCCGAGAAGGAUGUACGUCAAAUCCUGCACGCCAUCACUGCCUACGCCGACAUCCAGCGGCAAUCCGGGCAGCCCGAAGAGCACCUCAUCGACAUGGCUAUCAGCAGGCUGAACGUGGCAAAGGUAGCUGCCGAUAUGGGCACGACCGAAGAGGCAGUGCGUAGGAUCGUGCGUGGUAUUUGCGUGCAACUGCAGCUUGACAGACCGCGAAACGCACUGAACAGCACGCAUGGCAUAUCCGCCUCUACUAUAAACAACGACACCCGCAACACAAAUCCUAACAAUGGCUUCUCCAACCCCCAAUCCCAGGUCCAGCGCAACCCUACGCGUUUUGACACUCUCAUCUCCCAAGUCCGCCACGCCUUUGCCCAUCAAACCCACGCCCUGAUCCUCCCUCCGCCUCCAAGACUGCACCCUCAGUUGCUCUGGCCCGAACCCGUUCCCGAACACGUCCAGCUCGUCCGCAAUGCGUUCCUUCUGGUCAUCUCAAAUGCCAGGUGCAAUGCUUAUGGCGGGAUAGGCCUUCACGCCAGAGAUGUGCAGACGCUGCUGAAUGGGAUGAAUUUGCUGGUCCAGAGGACGGAGCAGCACUGGGCUAGCCUCAGCAAGACGGCUAAAGCUAAUGAGCUCCGGAAGAAGGAGAGGAAGGAGGAGAAGGCGCGGAAGAUGGACAAGGCGGGCAAGGUGUCGACGGAAGACUCAGGCUUUACGAAGGCCUCCCAAGUCAAGAACGGCAAUUCAGUGGUUCCGCAAUCUCUGGUGCCGCCUCAGUUGGGUCGAUCGAGCGGUGGGUCUCGAUUGGCCACAACGGAGGGUCAAGCCAUUUUGGAGGCUCCCGACAUAUCUCCAGUUCGUCCUCCCCAUCUCCAAAUCGGAAUAGACGGCGUCGCACGCCCCAUCCUCCACGGCCUCACUGUCUCCGGCUCCAACACUGCUGCGGCCACGAACCCCACAACGGCAAGGCACGUUCUACCAGGCCCCAGGAAGCACAAUAGUGUUCAAGUUUUGGCCCUUCGCGCCCUAGCUCCCUCCACGAGCAACAUCACUCCCGCAACAAACAACGCCGAACUCCCAGCACAGGCCCAUGGUCCUACGGACAAACCGGACAAGACGGCGGGAAAGCACGUUCUCCUGCGAACGCCUGGUAACAGUCCUGUGAAGAAACGGGCGAAGGCGAUGCCGAAGCCUGGGGUCAAGAAGGCUACGAAGAAUGUGUCGUUCAGUGGUGGCCUGAAUGAUGGAGAUAAGGAGAAUGGAGGUGAGGCUGUCUGUGCUGUGGGUGGCUUGGUGGGUGGAGAAUAUUGA